AUGUCAGUGUACGCUAAAGAAAGAAAUGUCGCUAUCCGAGCUGUCUUGACUGCCAGCAAAGUGUGUCAAUCCGUAUUUCAACACUUGGUUGCCAACGAGACUUUGACCAAGAACGACAAGUCUCCUGUUACAGUUGCUGAUUUCUCAGCUCAAGCUAUUGUAAACACCUAUCUUAAGGACCAUUUUCCUGAAGAUCCUAUUGUGGGUGAAGAGGAUUCCAAGGAUUUGCAAGGUGAUGAGGGUAAACCAUUGAGAGAAAAGGUCUUUUCUUUGACCAAUGGUGUCUUGAGUGAUAAUGAGAAGCUCUCUGAACAGCAAAUUCUAGAUGCUAUUGAUCGUGGUAAUUACAUUGGUGGAGCCAAAGGUCGCCAUUGGGCUUUAGAUCCUAUUGAUGGUACCAAGGGGUUCCUGCGUGGUGGACAGUAUGCAGUUUGCUUAGCACUCAUUGUAGACGGUAUCGUUCAAUUGGGUGUUGUAGGCUGUCCCAACUUGCCAGUGGAUCACAAGCAUCCCGAGGGUGAGCGUGGAUCUCUUUUCAUUGCUGUCCGUGGACAAGGCGCCUUCCAACGCACAUUUACAAACGAAACUGAAUCACCUAUUCACUUUGCUGACAUAUCAUCUACCGAAGAAGCCACUUUCUGUGAAUCUGUAGAAGCAGCCCAUUCAUCUCACUCGGAUGCCGUUGAGAUUGCUCAAUUAUUGGGCAUCACUCGUGAGCCUGUUCGCAUGGACAGUCAAGCCAAAUACUGCUCUAUCUCUCGCGGUGAUGCAGACAUCUACUUGCGUCUGCCCACUAGCAAGGCCUAUGUGGAAAAGAUUUGGGAUCAUGCCUCUGGUAAUGUCCUCGUCACUGAGGCAGGUGGAAAGGUCACUGACAUCCAUGGUCAACCUCUCGAUUUCUCUAUUGGCCGUACAUUGGAGAAAAAUAAGGGUGUCAUUGCCUCCAAGGCUAAUAUUCAUGGACGAGUUUUAGAAGCUGUUCAAAAUGUUUUGGGCAAUAAAUUUUAA